UAGCAUAACAGAUCAGCCCUCGUAUCCCAAUCCCAUAGGACCAGCAUCAAUUUAGUCUUAUAAAUCUUCCCCUAAAACUCAAAACCUAAAAAUCCAAUUACUGUAUCGAACACAGAUACACAGAAAAAUGGAGCAACACGAAGACCAGGACCAAGAGCACGAGGUUUAUGGAGGUGAGAUUCCCGACGAGGGAGAGAUGGACGCGGAUGUCGACAUGUCAUUUAGGUCGGAGGAGCACGAGGAACUCGAACCCAACUCUAAGGACCUGGAGGACAUGAAGAAGAGGCUCAAGGAGAUUGAGGACGAAGCCAGUGCUCUCCGCGAAAUGCAGGCCAAGGUCGAGAAGGAGAUGGGCGCUGUUCAAGAUUCCUCAAGUACUUCUGCUACUCAGGCUGAAAAAGAGGAGGUGGAUGCCCGAUCAGUUUAUGUUGGCAAUGUAGACUAUGCGUGCACUCCCGAGGAAGUGCAGCAGCAUUUUCAAUCCUGUGGAACAGUGAACAGGGUGACAAUUUUGACUGACAAAUUUGGACAGCCAAAGGGAUUUGCAUAUGUUGAAUUUGUAGAGAUUGAAGCGGUCCAGAAUGCUGUUAUGUUAAAUGAAACAGAACUGCAUGGUCGUCAGUUAAAGGUUUCGGCUAAGCGGACAAAUGUACCUGGCAUGAAACAGUAUCGGGGAAGGCGACCCAACCCAUAUUCUGGGUUCCGGUCUCGUCGUCCCUUCAUUCCGGGUUCCCCAAUUUACCCAUCUUAUGGUUACGGAAGGGUUCCAAGGUUCAGGCGGCCAAUGCGGUUCAGGCCAUACUAGAGAUGUAUGGGUGGUGUGUAUUGGCCUCAAUAGCGAGAUGACCAUUGCUGAUGAUUUACAAUGCUGUUAUCAUUAUAUUUCAGUAAUCAAAUCGGAGGAAGACUCGUGUCGCUGACGACCAUCUUGAUUUUUCUAGAACCACCUAGCCUGCUGGAUAGGAAUCGUGGUUGUUAUGCCAUUAUUGAAAUUGCUUCAUAUGGUUAAAAGGAGGCAAAUGUGGAAGUAGAAAUAUACUAUUGGACAUUUUAAUUUUCUCAAUCUGGGUUCUUUACAAAAAUUGGGGAAUUCAUCAUAUGUAAUGUUUUUGUAGCUUAUGACUAGAAAAUAUUUGCUUUAUAAAUUAGAAAGUGAUGAUUUGUUGGAAAUUUCACAUAAA